AUGGCCGACGCGUCCGGACCCGGCCCGUCGUCGUCAUCGGCGCGACCCCGAGCAGCGUCGAAAGCCAAGAACCCAUCCUCGGUCGCCGAUCCGGUCAUGCGCAACGCCCUCCGAUACACCAUCUCUGCCCGCGAAUACGAAUCCCUCCAUAAAUAUGUCCUUUCGCGCUCCAGGCUGUUGCGGAAGAGAGUGCCAACAGUCAGCGCCGUGGAAAAAUACAUGAACGGCCCCAGCGAUGACAGUAGUCGAGGCAAAGGCAAGAGCAGCAAAUCAGCAGUCGUCUUGGGUUCCUCGUCUUCUUCCUCAUCCUCACCCUCCACCGGAGGAGCUGACACCUACAAUGCCAGGGCUAUACGACAUGCCCUGCGCCUCUUUGUCGCCACGGGCCUGGGAAUGAAGCUCUACAAUACCAUCAUGGCAAGGCUCAAGGGCCAGAAAGAAAUGUCGGCACAAAAGACGAAGAACGAGCCGUUUCACAAGUCACCCACGUUGCGCCUUUCGCUGUCUCUUUCUACCAUACUACUCCUGUACCGGCUGCUGUUUCGUUUCCUCAGCCGCUUACGCGCCCAACUACUGGCCCCAACGUCCGAGCCGUUCCGCAACCGCAACCCGCGGACAACACAGACGUUGACAUCGCCAUACGCACCUGCAGUUGGUGCCAGUCUAGCCGGUCUUGCCCUGGGCAUUUAUCCAGCCGAGCAGCUCCGCGUUUCGAUCGCCAUAUACACCCUGUUCCGAGCACUCGAAUUCGGUUGGAAUCUCCUAGAAGACGACGGUGCCAUUUGGGGCUGGAAAGCCAAGUUGGGCGGCAAGGGCGCAACCAAACGGGAAAGGCCGUGGUGGUUCGGGAGCUGGAUGUUGCAGCCCUUUGCCUUUGGCCAGCUUCUGCAUGCCACUGUGUUCGACCGUGACUGCGCUCCCGUCCCCUACAUUGACUUUAUCUGGAAGGGCACUUCGGAAUAUCUGCACAGCGCGCCGAGGGAUCUGCCUGGCGGCGUCAAGUGGCCGAGUCCAUGGGACGUUGCUGAUAGCCUCGCCCAGAUGGCGAGGCUCAACUGGCCACCCUAUAUCAGCCCGACCUUGUUUCCAAAUCAGGAAACACUGCCGGCCUCAUUGUCAACAAUUGCACCACUCACGUCGAGAGCGCACCCGCUCAUAACGUCCCUUAGCUGUGCGACGCUGCAUCCGAGCGACCCCUCAUGCAUGCGAACCUAUGUGUCAUUCUGGCUGCGCUCGUUCCCACGAAUGGGCCGCUUCUUCCUCGUCUUUUAUUCGUUGCUGAUGCUGCCUCGCUACAAGGCCCUCUACCACGCCCCGUUGACCGUCUUGACCAAACUGCUGGCACGUACCCUCCGCCUUUCCGGAUUCGUCACGGGGGCCAUCUCGACAGCGUGGGCCAGCAUAUGCCUCUUCCAGACCUGGCUGCCCCGCACGUUUCUCCCGACGCAGCGCUUCUUCUUUGGCGGCUUCUUGGCCGGUCUGUGGGGGUUCGUCGAGCGCAAGGAAGGCCGUGGCGUCUUUCUCUACAGUGCCCGCACAAGCAUUGACAGCCUCUGGAAGGUUGGCGUCAAGCGAAGAUGGUGGAAAGCCAUGCAGGGUGGCGACCUCUGGGUCUUUGUCCUGGCACUAGCCAUCACCGGUGCCGUCUACGAAAAGGAUGUCGGGGCGAUUCGGGAAGGCAAUUGGAGAAAGGGCGUCAGCUGGGUUAGGGGCACGAGCUGGAAAGAUUGGGAAGUUGAGGAGGUGGACGAGCAAGAAGAAGACGAAGAAGACGCGGUUGCUACGGCCGGGGUUCGGGAAAGGUGA